UAAAUCAAGUUCUAAAAAAAAGUCAAUUCUUUUUUAAACUAUGUGUCCAUGUCACAUAAAUUGAAACAGAUGAGUAUGAAAGCAUUUCGGCUCACGUUUCCUUUCACUAUUAGUACUUCCCGCAAGUGUUCCAACAUCAAUUCACAUAAUAUUACUUAAUUCACUCGAUAGCCAUGGAACAAAAACAAGCACAGUCCAAAAUUGAUCACUCCCCUAAUAACUUCUCUAUAGCUGUAGAUUAUGAUCACAAAGCCACAGAAUUCCUUCCAUUUUCAUUAUCUUCACCUCACAUGCGAGCUUUCCACCUAGCAUGGCUCUCUUUAUUUUCUUGCUUCUUCUCUACUUUCGCAAUCCCUCCACUCCUCGAAGUCAUUCGUAAGGACCUCAAUCUCACCGAAACUGACAUUGGUCGAGCUGGAAUCGCCUCCUUUAUAGGUUCCAUUUUCUCGCGCCUCGCGAUGGGGCCCGCAUGUGACGUGUUUGGUCCACGUGUCGCAUCUGCCACCCUGUCCCUCAUCACUGCCCCAAUAGUCCUUUCCACUUCUCUCAUCUCCACCGCAAAAGGCUUCAUCUUAGUCCGAUUUUUAAUCGGUUUUUGCUUGGCGAAUUUCGUUGCUAGUCAGUUUUGGAUGAGCUCUAUGUUCUCAGGAUGUGUUGUUGGCCUUGCUAAUGGAUUUGCUGCUGGUUGGGCCAAUGUAGGCUCUGGCGUGACACAAUUAGCCAUGCCACUUAUGUACACUCUGUUCACAAGCUACUUCAACAUACCUUCAUUUAUUUCGUGGCGUAUAGCAUUUGUUUUCCCUGCGUUAUUUCAAGCCCUGACAGCGAUUUUGGUCCUAGUAUAUGGCCAAGACUUGCCUGAUGGGAACUACAAGCGUAAAACUACAAAUAACCAAAGUGAAAAUUUUUGCAACGUACUUUUUAACGGGCUAAAGAAUUACAGGGGAUGGAUAUUGGGUUUGACGUAUGGAUUUUGCUUCGGAGUUGAAUUAACUACGGAUAAUAUAAUAGCGGAAUAUUUUUACGAUAGAUUUCAUGUGAAUAUUGAUGUGGCAGGGGCGAUUGCUGCGUGUUUUGGGCUAGCGAAUUGUGUGUCGAGGCCUAUUGGCGGGAUUGUCUCGGAUAAAAUGGGGAAGAGAUUUGGGAUGAGAGGGAGGUUGUGGAGUUUGUGGACAGUGCAAACUGUGGCUGGAUUGAUGUGUGUGGUGCUUGGACGAGCGAAUACAAUAGGGGUGUCUGUUUUGGUUAUGGCUUGCUUUUCUCUGUUUGUUCAAGCUGCUUCAGGACUCACUUUUGGCAUUGUGCCUUUUGUCUCCAAAAGGUCACUAGGAGUGAUAUCAGGCAUGACGGGAAGUGGUGGGACUAUAGGAGCAGUGAUCACACAGCUACUGUUAUUUUCAGGUUCCGCCAAAUUCUCGACCCAAACGAGCAUAUCUAUUAUGGGCCUAAUGAUGCUUGCCUUCACUCUGCCAAUUACCCUCAUCUACUUCCCCAGGUGGGGGGGAAUGUUUUGUGGUUCUUCAAUUGAGGAAGAUGAUGAAAACUACCACCUACUAGAUUAAGACCUAGUGAUUGCUUUUAAAUGUAAUUGAGUGCUAAAGUAUGUGUAUGUAUA